AUGGUCGUGGACAAGGCCUACUACGACCUCCUCGGCGUGGAGCCAGGGGCGACCGACAUUGAAAUCAAGAAGGGCUACAGAAAGGCAGCCAUCAUCCACCACCCAGACAAGAACCCCGAUGACCCCAGCGCGAGCGCCAAGUUUCAAGAAAUUGGCGAGGCAUAUCAAGUCCUCUCCGACCCUCAGCUCCGUGCCGCCUACGACAAAUAUGGCAAGGAGUCCGCCCGGCCCUCGGAGGGUUUCGUUGACCCCGCCGAGUUCUUUACCUCCAUCUUUGGCGGCGACGCUUUCAUCGACUGGAUCGGCGAGAUCUCCAUCAUGAAGGACCUGACAGCGGCCAUGGAGAUCGCCAUGCAAGGAGAGCUCGAGGAAGGGUCCGAGGGCGAGUUCCCGGAACUGAGGAGGCCAUGA